CAUGGCGACAACAGCUCAGUAUAUUCCGCGGAAUAACUCAUUGCCUUCGAACCCACUAAUGCAUCCGGAUUCGGACAGGAUGCAUCAGGGAACGACUUACAGAGAGGUGCAGAAAAUGAUGCACCACGAGUACUUACAAGGGCUAGCGACCAACACGGGACAUCCGAUGAGCCUGACGCACCAUCAGUGGCUGCCAACCUCCAACACCGACUGGACCAGCGGCACCCACAUCGGACAACCGGAGCACAACAAAGCCAGCGUUCAGAGCAGAGAAGACCUAGGGAACGGCUAUCACAGAUCGCACUUGGUCCACCAGGCAACGCAGAACAGCCACCAUGGAUCAUGGGCACCGACCACAACGCACCAUUUAUCCCCACUCUCUCCCGCCUCCAACGGUCACCAGUCGCUGGUGUACUCUCAGACGGGCUAUACUAUGUUAAGCCCCCAGCCUUCACUGCACCAUGGCUUGCGGGACCCGCUCCACGACGACGCGGGUAGCCAUGACAACCAGAUGGAGUCUCCUCAGCAGCCGUUCAGCCACCACCAGGACCACUCGGACGAGGACGCGCCCAGCUCCGACGACCUGGAGCAGUUCGCCAAACAGUUCAAGCAGAGGCGCAUUAAACUUGGUUUUACGCAGGCGGACGUGGGCUUAGCGCUAGGCACCCUCUACGGAAACGUCUUUUCCCAGACCACCAUCUGUAGAUUCGAGGCUCUUCAGCUCAGUUUCAAGAACAUGUGCAAACUUAAACCUCUGCUUAACAAAUGGCUCGAGGAGACAGAUUCGAACACCGGCAGCCCCACGAAUUUGGACAAAAUUGCAGCACAGGGCCGGAAACGCAAGAAGAGGACCUCCAUCGAAGUAGGAGUGAAAGGGGCAUUGGAAAACCAUUUUUUAAAGUGCCCCAAGCCCUCCGCCCACGAAAUCACCACUUUAGCUGGCACUCUGCAGCUGGAAAAAGAAGUUGUGCGUGUAUGGUUUUGCAACAGAAGACAGAAAGAGAAAAGAAUGACACCAGUGGGGGUCCCACAUCCUACCAUGGAGGACGUAUACUCACAAGCGGAGACACCCCCUCUUCACCACACACUACAGAGUCCUGUCCAGUGACUGCUAUCAUAAACAGUGUCAUUAUCUGAAAAGAGAAGCGGACAUUGGAUUUUGUUUAUCCCCCUUUGUUAUCCCAAGGUAUCAGAGACAGAAAGUUUGGGAAGAGUUCGUUGGCAGUGACCGGAGAUGCAACGGCAGCAUAAUGGGACGUCACUAAUUCUCAAUAACUUAAAAAUGCAUUCAUUACUGAGUCAGCUUCAUGUGCAUUUAUGAAAUCAGUACCUAUGUUUACGAAAAUGCUAUCAUUUGUGCCAUUCUGGAAAAAGUCGACUAUUUCACCUCCGAUCAAAGGGAGCUAUAAGCCACAAAAAGAGCUAUGUCUCCCGGUCUCCCAGGAUGGGUUCGCCUGUCUUGCUGUUUGUCUAAUGUAAAUCAACAAAGGAGAGUGGACAGUGAUGCUUCUUUUAUUAAAGCGAUUAACCAGAAUAAUUAUUACAAUGAUUUAUCUGAUAUUACUUGCGAUGUUUACUUUAUUUGGGAUGUUUUAAGGUUAAAAUCUAACAUUAAGUGCAAAACUGUCUGUCGAGUAUUUCACUUUAAUUUAAGACUGACUGACAGACAGAUGAAAUUCUUGAUGAAAAAGGCACUUGGUGAAAACCUCUCAUUCAAACAAGUGCACCAGGAACUGUUUACAGUUAUCACUCCUUAGCACCUGAUAUCGUCUAAAGAUGUAGAGACGUUAAAACGGCAACGUGGAAUUCUGGUUUCUGGUAUAAUUUGUCCCUCUUUGCAUGAGGCACUUGUUAUUGAGUUAUUAAUAUGAUUUUAUCUCUUGAUUAUUCAAGUAUUUUUGUCCGAGGUACGCCAUUAAUGCUUUACUUGUUUACAGCGUAAUUUUGAAUCGGCACUAUUCCAGCAAGUCUGCUUCAGCUAAACUAAUGAGAGUGAUGUGUCAAAAACGAAACGGAAAGAAAUAUCUCAGGUAAUUUUCAAUGCCCAAAUAUCGUGCUGUACUCUUGGUUCUUCUUGAAUAUUGGCUAGGUUUUGACACUCUCCAAGUCAGCUGUGCCCGUUAGUUUAUGUUAAUUACAUUUUGCAUCCUACUCAUGAUUUUGGACACAGAUAAAAGUAGUCGAUAUUAUAGUGAAUAAAGGGUGUUUUUGGAACUUCUUUUCAAGAUUGGGGUAAAAAUGGGAGGCUGAUAACGUUCUACGUUUCGUGUCGUUUCUCAAGGUCUGGCAUUUUUCAUUGAACAGCAGGUGUUCAUUUCUGCAGUGUUAUUUGAAACAGUGUGAAUAUCAACUUUUUCCAAAAAAAUAAAUAAAAAAAAAAUUUAAAAAAAAAA